AUGGCUUACAAUAUCACUGGUGCCAAUCCCAAGAUUUUGGGUCCAACCCACAGGGUUAAAACGGGGGACUUUCGAGAUGCAUUCGCUCGCGAAGCUAACCGCCGUCGGAACGAGGCACGGACGCGUAAGGCUCGAAUUUUCAAUGAGGAAGACAACGUUGCCAAACCCUACCAUGAGCAAAAAUGUCUGCCGUGGUUCUCGUGGUUGCGCCGUACCAAGGACGACGAAGAACGCUUGAGAGAUAAUUUAAGGAAACAGGUUGAUGAGAAUUCUGACCUACGCGUGCAUCGGAUGCGAAUACCAAUUGCAUGGAGUCGCAUUCCCAUUGGUGGUGAAAAGGAAACCCUUUUCCUGGCCACCGAUGAAAAGUCGCAAAUUGAAAAUGGCGGGCAAGGAGGCCAAACCAUGCAUUGGAUACACAUGCAACAUUACGCAGCAAUCGACUUUGAUACAUUCAAGUCUACUGCAUUAGACGGAAUAAAUAUUCCGGCGAAUGCAAAGAAUAUGAUACAGAGCUGGAUGUCAGAUAUUUAUUCGCUAGAAGCGCAGAGGAUAUUUGGUGGGAAAGCUCUGGAUUCAUGUUUCCAGAAACAAAGGGUAUCUUCCCUAAGCGGACAAUCUUUUGUUUGUGUCUUUUUCGCCGUUCCAUACCUGCUGCUCAGCGACAACUGCCGGCCUGUAGAGCAUCAAAGGGUCAAUCCGGAUUUACAUCCUAUUCGAGCAUUGGUUCAGUCGGCGUACCGGACCGACUCUUCAUUCACUCGUGAAAGGUCCCAGGCAGUCCGGAAAGUGCUCAAUUUGGCAGGGAAUGCGCUGGUUUAUGUCCCACAUGAUUUCUUGAUUAGGAUUCAUCACAUUUACUCAUGUUGGCUAAAGAGACACGUUGACGCUGAAAGAUGCGAGUUUUACGAUGCAGAGACAGACGAAGCCCUCGAUGUUGACUCCUGGCCUUCGGUUUUGUAUAAGGCAAGGGCAUACGGCGUUUGCAUGACUGUUAUGGUUGUGCUGGAUACACGCAAAGUAUCUCGUCGGGAGCUGGACCACGAAAAUGACGCAUAUUUUAUCGAACCCGUUACCGAUACGAGGACGUGGGUGAGAGUGUCAAAAAGGUUUAUAGACGUGGAGACCUUGGAUGACUUCAAUCUACCAUGGGAGGAGGACGUAAAUGACUCGACGAUGGUCAUCAUCAAGACCUACUUGGAUGUCGAUUUCACGGAGGUUCUAUUCGAGCAUACUCGGAGAUCCCGAAGGAUGAGGGGAGAAGAAGAAGUUCGUGAGUUAUCAGAUAAUGAAGAUGCGGAUCACAAAUCUGUCAGCGACGGCAGGAAGAGGAAGCAUAUUAGACUUCCUUGGCAUUGGCCUGGCUGCUCAGAAAAAGACCCUGCCGACGAGCUGAGGAGGGCUGAAGGGGAAAUGUUUUGGGCCCCAAGGUCAUCUUUGCUAGACAGUAUAGUUGGGGAGGAUGGAGGUUAUGAGAGCCCUCAGCCAACCCAUGAUCUUUCGGAUAUUUCGACAAAACCCUCAAGGAUCUCGACAGAUAGCCGCGCCGAGAACACCAUUUCGCCGUACCUAUCUUGGCCCCUAGCUUCUGAAAUCUCUGCUCUGAGCCGUAACCAAGAUCAGAAAACGGUCACCCGAAUACCCGAAUCACGGAUAGCACAGAGUUGGAAACAUGAUCCCUCUUUGGUCGCUCCUAAAUACCUGUACGCAAUACUUCAACAAGAAGAAGCCUUUGCAAAACUUCCGAGAGCUAAGAAAACACAUCUCGUUGAAUUGCAAGACUCGUUCUUCAAUGGGAUGUCAACCGAGACUUACUAUCCAGAAAUUGAAUUAUGUAACCGUGUAUGCCAUUUGGUUGAUCAUUUCCUGCUGGAUAGUACGGAAUGCCUACUCAAAGAUAAAAUAUACGGAGGGCUUCAUACGAUUCUGCAAGAGUGUGUUAAAAUAUCCUGGGGUACAAAGCGCACGAGGCUCCCUCAAUUGAAGGACUUUGCCGACCAGUCUGCAAGGCUGUUGAAGUUGUCUAGCGAAAUCCGUGCGGGCAUUCAGACUGAUACGAGCCGCCUACCUCUCUUUACAGCUCAUAUAGAGUGUUUUAAGGAGUUGUGUAGGGCUAUUGGCCAUCUAUGUUGCUUUAUCCAACAUGCACUGUCGGAGGAAUAUGAAUAUAUGGCCACCCCGCUCAAAACAGUUCAUCAAGAUCCAAACACCCUGGACAAAGAUCCAGACUUGGAUAGCCCCACAGAAAAUAUUCCCAUGGCAGAAUAUCCGAAGGCUGACAUGAAUGCGUAUCCUGGAGUACCAACCGUGGCAAAGCCCGCGGUAGAGAGCGAGGAAAUUCCUCGCAGUAUAUCGCCUUUCUCGAAACGAACGGUGGAGUCUUUGGAGGAUGAUCGUCCCGCCUCAUCUCAUAGGCUGUCGAGUCCCGCUGCAUCUACGGCAAGAAGUCGCAGCAUUGAAAAUACAAGCCUCCCUCCAAGGCCGAGAGUCUACCCCCAGGACGGGGUUUUCGACGACAGAGAGAGUGAGAAGAGGGAGCCUGAAGACGAUAAAAAUGCCGUAUUAGACGGAUGCCAGGCACUUAAAAAGGCGGAGGAUCUACUGAUGGAAUCUAAAUAUUCUAUUAUCUGUACGUUAAUAGAGACAAACCCUCUAGAUAUUGAUGAUUAUCUCUCCGUCGGGCCGUCCCGUAUUGUAUCUUCAAUUUUCGAACAUGUUUCUCUUGGGUUGAGUGACCUGGAAGGCACGGGGUCUUUUCGCCUUGAGGAAAUCUAUCGUGAGUAUUCUUCGCAGUUGAGAAUCAAAGUGAGAGAUAAGCCUACUCGAAUCUUGCUCGAUGAUUUGGACCUGCUUGAGGAGGAGUUAGAGUGCAUUCUCUCAAUAAUCCAGAAGCAAAGGACAGUGUUGGAAAAGUUCAUGGACUUCCUCGAACACAACAUUUUCAAGUCCAAAAGGGGCCCGAAAGAUGUAAUUCAGAACUCCAUCCGGGAGCUCAAUGACAAGGCAGACCUGUACAGUGAAAUGAACUCCAGUAUUGAGAAGCUAAGGAGAAGGGUAGUACGUCAAGUCGAUCUCCAGCAAGAUAAUAAUAGCAAGGCGGUCCUUAUCUUUACUAUUGUCACCGUUGUAUUCCUCCCAUUGUCAUUCAUGACGAGCUACCUCGGUAUGAAUACUCGUGACAUCCGGGAUAUGGACCGGGAUCAAAGGCUGUUCUGGGCAACUGCGGUUCCUCUUACGUUGUUCAUUGUUGGGGUGUGCAUGGUCGUCGCUUAUGGGGGUGAAUGGAUAGGGGAUGUGAUCGCACAGUCUCUGGUCAAGACCCGAAGGGAUAUGAAAAGGGCCAGAGCGGAUAUAUAA